AUUGCAUAAGGGCGAAACUGGAUAAAGUACUCUCAUUCACCUCGCCCAGUCUCCACAGCAAAACCUACGUUUGUUUAUCUUGCAGAAUGCAAAGCCCUAGAAUUUUGUUUCUUUGAAGCCUAAUUUUGGGUAAUUGCAAAGAGAAAAAGGAAAAGAAUGGCUGCAAUCUCUUCCCUCUUAUCUCCUAACGUUCUUCCACAGCCUUCAAAAUCUACUAGAGCUCUCACGCAAUUUUCAAAGCUUUGUUCACUUCAACUACCCAAAGCAGCUUCUUUUUGCAAUUUGCAUGGCUUCGCUGCUACUAAUUACCACUUGAACCGUAGAAUGACCUUGAGAAUUUCUGCUGUUGCUCAAGAAGUAUUAACGCAGGAUACGCCAUCUGAAACAGCGAGGAAAUUGUAUGUGGGAAACAUUCCGAGGACCGUCAACAACGAACAACUUACACAAAUUUUCUCAGAACACGGCGCAGUCGAGAGAGCUGAGGUGAUGUAUGACAAGUAUUCAGGAAGAAGCCGUCGUUUCGGAUUUGUUACAAUGAAGACUGUUGAUGAUGCAAAUGCAGCUAUUGAAAAGUUGAAUGGCACACAAAUUGAGGGACGUGAGAUCAAAGUGAAUAUAACUGAAAAGCCUUUGCCAAAUGUGGAUUUAUCCCUCCUUCAAGCUGAGGAAUCCCAGUUUGUUGAUAGUCCCUAUAAGGUUUAUGUGGGUAACCUGGCAAAGACAGUUACCUCAGACACUCUCAGCAAAUUCUUUGCUGAGAAGGGAAAGGUUCUUAGUGCAAAAGUUUCACGUGUACCAGGGACCUCAAAAUCCAGUGGCUUUGGGUUUGUUUCUUUCUCUUCAGAAGAGGAUGUAGAAGCUGCAAUCUCAUCAUUUAAUAAUGCUUUACUUGAAGGCCAACAAAUUCGUGUAAACAAAGCUUAGUGUUGUCAGAAGGAAAUUUGGAACUCCAAAAAAAGAUGUAUUUUAUAUGCAUUGCAAUUGAGACCAAUGUAGCUUUUACUGUGAAGAUCAAAAAGAACUUCCUUGAGAUGUAGUUCUGUGGAAUAGUGACAGUUCAAUUUUGCUUCUUCAGUUUUUCA